AAUUCAGUCAGGUGACAUCAGAUGUGGUUUACUUUUAUCAGUAAAUUCUAAAUUCUCUCCAGUCAGCAAUUCUUUAGAAAAAAAAUAUUUUUUCUUAAUUUAUCCAAAUUUUUGUUUUCAAAUAUGGAGAUGGACUAUUCAACAUAUGCCCAACUCGUUGGAUGCGCAAACGUCGAGAUGCCAGCACCCGAAUCCUUUUAUCCUGAAAUUAACGGUGGCAGGCCUUGGAGUGUUAUGCAAAAUCCCGAGAUGCCAAACCAAAACGUCUCUGGAAAUUUCGGACAGACUCAUCAAAUCUAUGAAAAUAUGUCCGAAGGCUCCCAUAAUACCAAUGUGAACCGACAAAAUCCGUCGUCCUAUCAGGGGUCAGGUGCCUCGGCAUACCGUGGUAUGGCCCGUGAGAGAAAACGGAUCAGGGAGAUGCAGGCGCGCAAUGGAUUAUACUCUCCCAUGGAUGACUCUGCUCGUUACCGUAGUGGAGAUGGGCAGUCUUCCAGCAGUAAUUAUUCUUCCUAUGCGGCUAAUGGUAUGAACGGCAACUCUUAUUGGUAAAUCUGUCAAAAAUCUACGGUUUGAAAUCGAGUGCGUGCUAUGAACUAUAGGUCUAUGUCGAUCCAAUUAAAAAAAUUAUGAAUUAUAGUUUCGUCAAUAACAAAUCCAUGAGAAUAACAAUUCAAAGUUCCUCUUCAUACAGCAAA